AUGGAGAAUCCGCACGAAGCAGAACAGGCCGUUCUUCUGGAGAGAAUUAUCAAGAAUGUUGAUAAAUCAAACGAGGCUAUUGUAGAGCUGAAUCAUUGCCUGAAAGAGUACCUCGACUCUGCAGGAGCCGUUCACAUCACUUCCCAACUAUUUGCCAACUACUCUCGAAAUGUCCUGUACAACCUCGAGACUGUCAACAAUCUCCCAAAGCCUGCGUAG